AUGAUUGAUAAUAAUAAAAAUACAGAUCAAUUGACUAAAAUGAACAAAACAAUCAUGAUGAAUAAUAUUGGUUGCAAUAAUAACAAUUUUGAUAAUGAUAAUGAUGAUGAUGAACUGAAUAAUUCGACAACAACAACAAAUUCUACAAGCACAUCAUUUAUGGUUGAAGAUAUAUUGAAUCCAUAUAAAUUUAUGGGUCAACAAUUAGGUUUAAAUGAUUUUUCAUCAUCAUUAUCAUCGUCAUCAUCAUCAUCAUCAUCGAUAACGGCAACUGCAACAACAAAUCAAAAUACAACAGCGGCGGCUGCUGCCGCCGCUGCUGCAGCUGCUGCCGCAGCAGAUUAUCUAUUGCGAUGGCAACCAUGGUUAAUGAACAAUAAGAAUAAUCAUCAUCAACAGCAGCAGCAGCAGCAGCAGAAUCAUCAUUUCAAUGAUUUAAAUUUAUCAUUUUAUAAGCCUUUUCUUAAUCAUCAUCAUAAUCACCAUAAUGAUUUAUUUAAUGAUUUAAAUAUUGAUUCUCAUCAUUAUCCACCACCACCACCACCACCACAACAUCGACAUUUAAAUCUAAUGAAUAUGAAUUCAAAUUCAUCAAUAAUUAGUGGUGAUGAUGAUAUUGAUGAUGAACAAAUGGAAAAUGAUCAUCAUGAUCAUCAUAAUCAAGAUGAUAAUGAUGGUUCAUCAUCACCAAUAAUAUUGAAUAGCGAUAGUGAAACAACCACAACGACAACAGCAACAAGUUUCUAUUGUCAACAGCAGCAGCAGCAACAACAUAAUAAUAAUUUAACCAUUUUAAAUCCCGGUAAUAGUAAUAAUAAAAAGAAAUCAAAUUAUCAAUCAUCAACAUCAAGAACAGGAAAUACAGAAAGAAGCGGUACUGGUGGAAAAGGUGGUAAACCACGUCGUGCACGUACAGCAUUCACUUAUGAACAAUUAGUGGCAUUGGAAAAUAAAUUUAAAAAUACACGUUAUUUAUCUGUUUGUGAACGUUUGAAUUUGGCAUUAUCGCUGAGGUUAACGGAAACACAAGUUAAAAUUUGGUUCCAAAAUCGUCGUACAAAAUGGAAAAAACAAAAUCCUGGUAUGGAUGCUAAUAAUCCAAGUGGAAAUAAUAAUAACGGUAGUAGUGUAGGUGGAAAUAUUAUCGAAACAAUCGGUAUUGGAAUCGAUACAAAUGGAAAUCUUGGUAAUAGCCAAUCAUCAUCAACAUUGAUUAAUAACCAAUCAGCAGCUGCAGCUGCAGCAGCAGCAGCAUUUGGA